UAUGUAAUUAUCUCGAUGUAUUUUGAAUAUUUCUGAAACGUGUUACAUAUUCGAAGCGUGUAUACCUAACUAUACUCGUUAUCACGUACAUAUUUGCAAUCUUAGAAUCAAUAUACGUUACAAGAAAAUAUUUAUCGUAUAAACUGAUUUAUAUACAUAAGUGUAUGUACAUAUAAUGUCAAGGAAGACCAGAACGAGACGCGAUAGCGAACCAUUAGAUAGGAAUACUAAAAGAAUCAAACUGUCACAGGCAAAUGAAAAAGAAGUAGAAGACGAUGUUGUACUUACAGAUAUUUCUGAACAAUUAUUGUUAAUGGAACGUAAUUUGGCCACUGAGUUAGGAAAAAUUACAUUCCGACAACCUGUAGAAUAUGUUUAUAGUCCUCUUGAAUAUGCUUUUGAUACACAUGCUAUGUAUGUUAGAAAGUAUUGCUCCACUGCCAAGAAGAUUUUAUUUCUUGGAAUGAAUCCUGGUCCCUGGGGUAUGUCCCAGACCGGAGUACCGUUUGGUGAAAUAAGUAUGGUUCGCGAUUGGUUAAAGAUUUCUGGGCCAGUUGGAAAGCCUGCCAAAGAGCAGCCAGAUAGAAAAGUGACUGGAUUUCAAUGUACACGUAGCGAAGUCAGUGGAAAGAGAUUAUGGGGACUCUUUCGAGAGUUGUGUGGAAAUUCGGAGAAAUUUUUUAAACAAGCAUAUAUACAUAACUAUUGUCCUAUCGCAUGGAUGGAUAAUAAAGGCAGAAACAUCACACCAGCAGAAAUAAAGGGGACUGAAAUAGAGAAGGUGCAUUCCGCAUGCGAUAAGGUUCUGGCAGAUACAAUUCGUCUAUUGAAAGUUGAGACUGUUAUCGGUAUUGGUAUAUAUGCAGAGAAACGAGCAAAGCUUGUGGUACAAUCUUCUAAAUUGGUCGCCAAGGUCCUAUGUCUACCUCAUCCAAGUCCAAGAGCCGCAAAUAAUAAAAACUGGAGUGAAAAAGCAACCAAAAAGUUGUCCGAGUUUGGACUCCUCAAGUGUUUUACCAAUUGAAACCCAUAACAAUAUAAAGACACACGGACCAAAAAAGUUGUGAAAACGAAAAGCGAUUAAAAUAUGAAGGCUUCUUUCUGUUAGCAUUGUUAAUAUCAUAAUAUCUGUUUUUGUGUAUUUUAAUUUUCCCAAUUUGACAAAAAAAAACAUUUGAAAAUUUAUAAGU